AUGGACGUCACCUCCAUGAGGGUGAUUUUGGUUUUUGUCCUGUUUGUGUGGAUGGAACAGACAAACGCUUUCAACUCUCCAGGUACGUAAGAACGAAUGAAUAUAGAAAUAAAUCAGAUCUAAAUGAACAGAGAAGUCCACGAAAAAAAACAAAUGAAACAGCAAAAUGAGAAAAAAGUGAAAUAUGGGGAGUUAUCGCCCUGAAAGAAGAAUCGAACGAUACUUAUUCAAAUCCUUUUAUUCCUAAAUAGAGACAAAGAUUAGGUUUGUGAUAGCCUCGUGAUAGCUUCGUAAGUAUGCUCAAAAUCCUGAUAUGUCCUCGCCUUGAAACCCCAUCUGCAGGUCUUUUCCUUCAAACAUUUUUUAAAAAAUAUGGCAUAUAUUCUAUAAGGCUUUUUCUCCCUUUAAACCUUACCUAAAAAAGCAGUUUGUAAAGUUACAAUUGUACAAUUUUUAAUAAAAAAAAAAGAUCGCUGCCUCUGUCAAUAUUUCGCGACAUUUAUUAUUUCGAAUGAUGAUGUUGUGAUGUUAAUAAAGUAAGCCUGAAUUUUUUCAAUUUUUUUUUUAAUGUACAGUCCGGUCACUCUUCGACACCUAUGAUCACUUAUGUUUCCUUGUAGCUAUUCCUAACUUAAAAUCAAUGAUUCCCGACAACUCCCGAAUUCGCAUCAAAGCCAACUCCACCGGCCGUUUAUAAUAAACAUCUACACAUCAGCUCUCCUCUCUGUGUGCCAUUCACCUCUUGAAGCUUUAGCCCCGAGACUUUGUUGCUAAAUCAAACAAAAUCCCUUGUUUGAAAUUGCCUUCUUCUGAAAUGUUUGCACUAACAUGCACUGCUAUUGUAAAGAUAAAUUCCCUUUUGGUCGCUCCUAGUGGGGGAUUGGGUUAAUAGCUAAACCACAGCUGUCACGAGUUAUGAAAAGCUUUAUGACAGAGUUCCCCCGUUGUUAUCCUGAAUGCUUAAAUUUUUCAUUCGCAAUCUGUUUCGGUCUUAGCCAUCCUUAAGUAAUCUAUGUUAUUUUUGUGUUUUCUUGCUACUUUGGUGUUUAUCAACCAAUGGAAACUCUUAUUUUAUGGUUUUAUUCUAACUAAAAAUUAACUUUAUGCACAAAGAUGACUGUAUCUAUUCUUAUUUUAGAUUGCGAGUCAGUUGUAAAUAAUACACUGAAAAGUCCACAUUAUCCAGAUGACUACCCCAGCGAUGUGUACUGUUCCUAUAAUAUUCCAAUUCCAAAUAACUCGGCACUGAUUAUUACUUUUGAGUACUUCCACCUGGAGAAAGUUGACGGGUUAUUAUGCACGUGAGUAAAACUAUUAAGAGGCUGUCCGCGUAAGAACGGAUAAGGCAAAUUUCGGCCGAUCGCCGAUUUCCCUAAGUUUUUCAGUGAAAGUUGAAAAUUUAUCCCUUGUACAAAUAUCACAUUUAUUUUGAUCAUUUUCAUUCUUUUUAUUUUUCAUGAGACAAUUUUAAAGGUCACCCCAAAACUGCUCAAUUUGCCUUCUGUGACCCCUAUUACUGAGCUAUAAAUAUCGAGCGCUACCAAAUCCUUAUUUCCCAAUCUAGAAAGCUGAUUAUUUUACAUAUUUAAGAAUGACUUUAUUUCAAUACUUCAAAGGUAAAAUGAUUGCUUUCUAUAAAAUUUUGACCGAGUAAUGAAACUUUCAAAAUACCUUAUCGUGAGCAAAGAAAUUUGUGAAGAGUGAGAUACAUGCGGUUGAAAGCUAUUUUCUCUUAUGUGGGACCUGAUCUAGAGUCAAGUCUAUUGCAGCUCAAAAGUACUUAGAAACAGCAAGUUAAACAUAGAAUAAAACUUUUGGGCACUCCUCAACCUGCACCGUAGAGAGCUUGGCGAAUUUCAUAAAUAUUCGCCAUCUUGAUUGAAAUCAACGAUAAGGCGGUCCGACCUGCAGACAGGUUUCUAAAGCGUAACAGCCCUAAAGUACUUGAAGGUGCCGCAAAGAUUAUCUGAUGGAGUAUCAAGAUCGAUAUAAUUCAUCGUUUCGGCCAUUUUUUCACGAAAUGGCUCAAACUUUUUCGGAAAAAUACUUUGUUAAUAGUUUCUAUAUGCAAAUUAGCUUCAUGCGUUCGUCUUAUAAUACGUGUCAAAAAUAGUUUCCGUAACAACAUUUAGCCGUUCAAAGAAGUGUUCCUAUAAAUGUGAAACUCAUCUGUUGUAUCCUUUCUUGACAGCUUUACGUAAAAUUUCAAGAGCCAUUUCCUUUGAACACAAUGCGCUAGGGGAAUCCAGUUUUUUUGACAACCAAGUUGUUCAUUUCACGCAAGUGUUUUUAUCUUGUGCAUAACCUUUUCAGACCUCUUUUGCCGUUUUUCUUCAGGAAAAUAAUUCACCCGUACUUGGGGAAAAAUUUCGUCUUACUAUUUGUGAAAGUUUUUUAGAUUGUGAGCAAGUUGGUUCUCAUGAUUAACGCCGUGGAGAUUUUUAAGCGUGACUGUGGACUGCCGUGAACUAGCCUAGUCACGCAAUACCAGCAUUAAAAGACCGUCUCACGGCUGGUGAGCUCAAAUUAAAGAAACAUUUAGUUCGGCAUUUAUAUCACGAUAUGUUGAUGUUUCCAUCGAGGGUAUGAAAAUCUCCCAGAAGAAAUUGAGAAAUUAUGCAACUGAUAGAAAUUGGUAUAUUUAAUUUAAUAAAUGUUUCCAAAAGUAGGUAAGCGAAUUUAGUAACUUAAGUUAAAGGUAUAAAUCAUUGAGAAAAUUUCGAGGAGGCAAUAGAGAAAUUCUCUUUUGUAAAUGCUCGUACAUGCUAUAGAUGAAGGUCAACAUGACUCACGGUCACGGUAGGCUUAUGAUUUUCUUGUUUUGAAAUUAAAGGCAUGGCUACAAAAUAACAGGCGCUAAUUUUAAAGUGAUUUUCACGGGUUUAAUUACACGUUGACGCUUUAAGCGCUUUUAUUCAUCGAUAUAGAACUGUACAUCAGGGUACUUAGAGGCGGUGCACAUUGCUCUUCAGCAAAUUCACUCUAAAUGCCCUAUCACUGGUUUGCCAGGGCUCCAUGCUUACAGUCGUCCCAACCGUGGCCCGUGUGUUACACUUCAUUAAAGCAUUGACAUUCUUGUAUAAAGGACACCAGUUGCCCAAUCAGGUCUUUUCUCCUGUCUCUUGAUUUAAAUGGUAUUCCAAAAAAGCGCAAGAUUUCUUAAAGCAGUCGUAAAGUGUCUGUGCCUCGGGCAGAUGGUCAUUCCCUCGAGCUAACUUCUCGGCAAAUGCUGAAUUCCCGCUCUCGCCAUGAUUAACUUGGCUUCUGUAACUUCGCUGUAUUUUGACAAGUAACAGCUCGCCAAAUGGGCGGAUAUAUCUGCGUUACACUCGGAGAACAAAACAUGCUCUACUUCCACCACUAGAACCGACUUUGCAGUAUUUCGUAAAGAGAACAAUUUGGGGAGACAGCAGGCAUUUUUAGUGCUAACAAAGUAAACGUCCCAAGAAACACUGUCUCGGAUUUGUCUGAAAAUGUUGCCGACAGAUCAUUUUGUUCCCGACAGAUUUUAAUUGAACUAGGAAGAAAUAAACAAGUUUGCCAAAUAUUCUUUCGCAAAAAAUAGAAAUGCCACACAGAAAAGUUAUAAAGUCUUCACUUUAAUAAGCUUUAAGCAAAAAAAAUUUCGUUUGUUUUUGAAGAGAUCUACCUGCAUUACAAGGAAAUGUAGCUGCCAUCGAAUUUCUUUAUCAAAAUUAAUCAGUAAUUUAAUUAGGUGAAACAGAAACACACGGCUCUUUUUUAGCGCCUCAUAGAAAAUGAAAAUGGUCGUAAAAACAUAAUACAAUAUUUUUGUCUUGAAAUGCGGAAAAAAUCCCUUAAAUAAAAAAUAAACAAAAACAAAAAACCACACACACACACAACUCUUGGUCAUCAAGAAAACGCCAAAAGAAAAAAGUGUCCUAAACUACAUAUUACAUAACUUUCUGUAGCUAAUUUGCAUAAUUUAUUAACCGCAAGAAAGCUCUCCCUCAUCGUUUGUUCUUCAGCACACCUAUAUCUCAAAUACAACGGCGUAAACGUGAUAUGAUACUUAUUUCUGCUGUACAAACCAACCUCUCAUUAUUUAUUAUUUGAUUUUAAGGUGGUUCUCGGUCCCGAUAUUAAUAAACUGUUGGACCGUGUUUUAUCGAGAUAAAAACACUUGAGCGAAAUGAACAACUUUAUUUAUCAAAACAAACUGGAUUCCGUUAGCGCAUUGUGUUCAAAGAAGAUGGCUCUUGAAAUUUUACGUAAUGCAUUCAAGAAAGGAUACAACAAUUGAGUUUCCACAUUCUUAAAAACACUUCUUUGAAUGGCUAAUUGUUGUUACGGAAACUGUUUGUGACGUGUAUCAUAUAAACACGAUCGGCUGCAGUUAAUUUGCAUAUAGGAAUUAAAAAGUAUUUUCAUUUCGUUAAAAAAAGGCCAAAAUGAUGAUUAACAUCGAUCUUGAUACUCCAUCACAUAAUUGUUCCUGCACCUUUAAGCCUUUUAGGGCCGUUAAGCUUUACAAACCUGUCUGCUGGUCGGACUGCGUUAUCAUUGGUUUCGAUCAAGACGUCGGAUAUUUAUGAAAUUUACAAAGCUCUCUAAGGCGCAGGAUGAGGAGUACCCAAAGGUUUUAUUCUAUGUUUAACUUGCUCUAUCUAAGUACUUUUAAGCUGCAAUAGACUUGACUCUAGAUCAGGUCCCACGUAAGAGAAAAUAGCUUUCAACCGCAUGUACCUCACUCCUCACAAAUUCCAAUGCUCACGAUAAGCUAUUUUGAAAGUUUCAUAACUCGGUCAAAAUUUUACAGAAUGCAAUUGUUUCACCUUUGAAGUAUUGAAAUAAAGUCAUUCUUAAAUAUGUAAAAUAAUCAGCUUUCUAGAUUGGGAAAUAAGGAUUUGGCAGCGCUCGAUAUUUAUAGCUUAAUUAUAGGGGUCACAGAAGACAAAUUGAGCAGUUUUGGGGUGACCUUUAAAAUUGUCCCGUAAAAAAUAAAAAGAGUGAAAUUGAUCAAAAUAAAUGUAAUAUUUGUACAUGGAAUGAUAUUGUUGACUUCCAGUGAAAAACUUAGGGAAAUCGGUGCAGGGCCAAAAUUUGCCUUAUCCGUUCUUCCGCGGACAGCCUCUUAACUUCUAAAGCACUUUUUGAUAAGUUGUGGAGAAAAACAAAAACUUCAUUUACAACCUCAGCCUAACGGUAAAGCGGUCAGCAUGAACAAGCAGCCAAUUAAUGCGCAGGAAAACGCGGAUUACACAGCCGCGAGAGGUUUAAGUUAUGCAUCCGGUUGGUUUAAAGAUGGUGCAAGUUUUUGAGCCAAUAACAGAACGCGGUGAUGGGAAACCAUUGCAAUCCUAAUUAUAAAUUACUUUGCCAAAUAACUUAACCCUUUGACUCUCUAGAGUAAAAUAAUAGUCCUACCCAGUCCUUUCUAAACGAGCUGAUUCUAAUCAGAGCCAUCCUACAUGUAGACAUAUUUUCUUUGUUUCCUUUUUCCAGCCAAGCUGACUAUGUGCAAAUAAGGUCCAGCUUUGGGCAAAAUCUUGGUACGUUCUGUGGCGAGUGGACUGGGAAAACGAUAGUCUCUCUAGGAGAGUAUGCGCAGAUAACUUUCCAGUCGGAUUCAAUGUUUCAAGAACGCGGAUUUCUAAUGCAUUUUUGGACUGGUCUAAUUGGUAAGACAUAGGGAAAGAUAUCAUACACAUGCGUAAAUUGAUUUUAGAGUGUGUCACAGCAAACUUUUGUGUCCAACCAAAAUUUUUCAAUACAAAGACAAAAUGACAAAGAAAACAUUGCUGAACGCACGAGUGGGUAUGUUUCGAGCGCCUUAAUUUGUGUCAUAACCAAAAGGUUUCAUUAUAAAGAUCGUUAACAAAAGUUUUACAAGAAUCAUUGACAAGGGUUACUUUGGGUUACAAGCCGAGUUACUGACCCAUAAGAACUGGUUCAUAUAAAGCGUGCGCAACACGCAGUAUGGAUUUGCAUGGGAAGUUCAGAGAGCGCGAGAGAAACGUAUUGAGCUUGCUGACUCUGAAAGGUUGGUAACAGGAAAGUGCGCUGAAACUGGACAGGAACUUUUGCGGUAGAAUUUAGCUACUCACGUGAUGUUAAGUUCGCUCGGAGGUGCAAACAUAGACCACAAUGGCUCAAUAGGAAUUAGACAGGACAGGAGGGUGCUAUGUUAUGAAGUAGUUUCCUCACAUAUUUUUAACGUCGAAUAAUAAAAAUGUGAACACGUAGCUUCUGUAAACACACUCAGGCUAGCUUAUUUGUUUACUUGAUCCAUUUUCCUUGACAGGCAAUCUUACAGUACCUGGAUUCUCUAACGGUAUGUUGGAUUUUACUUCACACCUAUCAAUUUUGUUAUCUUGCGCACAGGCACUGAGGCGAGGGAGCAUUUUGAAACAUAGUUGGGUGGGGGGGGGGGGGAAGGGGGUUAUCAAGAUACACCAAGCCAAACGUAUACUCUAGUUCGAAUUUCCAAAAAUGGCUUCUACGAGACGCGAGCAAAGCGAAACUCUUUGUAAUCUGAACAGGUGUUCUCGAUAUCAAUUUUCGAGAGUGCACAAGAGUCAAGAUGUUCCAAACGUCCUACAAUAUAUUUGUUACGCGUCUUUCUGAUAAAGGAUCGGAGAAAAGGUUACACGAAUGAAUAUUUUGCCAAACUACUUGUUUGGGCGUGGCGGAGAGGGCAGCAGUUAGAGGCCCCUCGCCCUCCUUGCUCUGUAACCUGUGUCAAUUGUGAUAUGAGUGGCACUAGACUCAGCACUUAAGUGGUUGUGAUGGAGUCAAAGGCCCUGUGUUUAUGUAAUAAAAUUAAUAGAUAACUUCAUGGAUAACGUGAGCUACUGUGGAAAUAUAAUUGAAAGUUGCUGUCUGUUUUUGCUAUUCCAGAAUGUGGCUCAGUCGUGAAUAACACACUGAAGAGUCCUGGAUAUCCGAACGAUUAUCCCAUAGAAUCGGAAUGCAACUAUUCCGUUCCGAUCCCAAAAGGAAUGGCAAUUUUGGUCACUUUCCAUUAUUUUUUGGUGGAGGUUAUUGACUCGUCAUGCGAGUGAGUAGAAAAGACAAGUUUGUUAUGAAGGUUUGGCUCCUCCAAAAGUGUUCAAAGUUGCCCAAAACAGGCUGUUGUUAUUUCCCUUGUAUGAGGUAUUUUGUGUGGGAGACGUGGUGGCCGAGUGGUUGGCACGUUGGAUUUCCAGGUCAAGACACUUGUGUUUGAGACGUGCACUCUACUCUCACUGUGCCUCUCUUCCCCCCAGGACCCCCCAGGAGUAUGAAUGGGUACCGGCGAACUGCCAGAGAAGGCAAACAAAAUACUGGUUGGGUGGGUUGGGUGGGUUGGGAAGGGGAGGGAGUGAUAACAUGCCACCAUGAACUCCACCAUGAACUAGCUUCCCAUAGAACACAGAACCGCACAGAACCGCAGGAUAGCGGUUCUUCUGGUCGCUACAUGCCACAGAAACCUGGAUAGGCUAUAGGCCACUGGACUCGGUUGCAUACUUUUUCUUGUUAUCAGGAACUUAAGGUGCUCCUUUUCCGUGCCUCUGCCCCUAAAGAGACUACUAAGCCCAUGUGAAUCAGGUAGUGACAUCGAAAUCAGGUGGUGACCGCCACAAUUGGCGGGAAUGUCAUAAAAAGUGAGUGACGUCCAAACCAGGCAGUAUGGCUGCAGUGUAUAGAAACAUCUAAAAUAUGGGGGAGAUAGAAGAACCGCCCAUGGUACAAACCGAGAAAGCUGAAAUUUACCUUUUGAAAGAAGUAAAAUCUCGGAGUAUUCCCCAUUUUCAUUUCUUUUUAUACCCUCAAGUUGUAUUUUAGAAGAAUUUCUUAAGUUAACUUUGACCUCAGUUUUAAGAAUAGUAAGUGAAAUUACUGAGUAAUUAUUAAAACCAAGGAAAUAUGAGAAAAAUAUGAUUCUCACCAAGGAGCAAUUUAAAUUGAUACAAAACUAAAUAUUUGUUUGUUAAGGUUGGCCGACUCCUUUUCGGUUACAAAUGACAAAGGUCAGACGUUUGGUACGUACUGUGGGGAGUGGACUGGUAAAGAAAUUCUCGUAACGGGUGACUUUGUAUUAAUAACGUUCAUAUCAGACGAGUAUGGUCAGGAGAGAGGAUUUGAGAUAUACUUCACUGCUGUUCCGCUUGGUAAGGCCUAACUUGCAACCGUUUUAUGUUUUCAUUGCGCAUGCAGUCACUAGUCCCAGUGACGUCAUUAUCAUGUCAUUAUAGCAUUGUGCUCUCAGAGCAUAAGUUAGGAUGUCAGAACAAGGCUUUUUUUCUAAGAUUCUUUUAAGAGCCAGUAAACAGAUUUAUAAAGAUCAAACUGAUCUGAAUGUGGUAUUUUUACGAAAUGUUUUGUCCCUGAUUGAGGGAGGUGACUUAUCAAAGAAUCGUAAAAUUAUGUGUAGGGGUUUUCCUUCUCUCCAAGAUGUUACAAAUGCGUGGAUGCGGGACCUUAAACAGGAGGAGGAGCGUAUGACUUAACUCAGCAAUGAUUAAAAUAAUGAAAAUAACAUUUUUGUAAUUUGGGUCAAAUAAUUGAUUCGUUCCUAUGCAGGUAACGGUACAAAGUUCUCGAGUAUCAAUGAUUCAGGUAUUUUGAAUUUUUCUCAAUUAUCAAGUUUAAUCUGUAUUCCUUCUUGUUUAUCAAAACAAAAACCUUUCAACCCUCCGAGUUCGAAUUCAUCGUUCCCGUUGUUGAAACAUUUUUGUGAUCUCACGAGAAUACUGUUUUUACCCUAUAAGACUACUGCCUAAACUAAUUUUGUUGUGAGUCCAUGGCCUCAAUGCAUGAAGGGAAACGAAGAAGGAAUAUAACGGAACCUUACCCUCCCGUCUCCCUUUACUCCCCACCCCAUCCCAAACCUCUUGUCGUGGCGUCACAAUGAACAAAAAUGAGCGCUGUAGUUGUAUGAAAGAGUUUUUUCAAAUAUUUAGAGGCGGUUUAUGAAUCUAAUUUUUCUUUUUCUUGAAUAGAGUGUGGCUCAGUGGCUAAUAACUCACUGAAAAGUCCAGGGUAUCCUAAAAACUAUCCAAACAAUGCACACUGUGUUUACGUGGUUCCAAUUCCGAAAAAGACAGAGUUGAUCAUCUCUUUCUUUGAUUUUGAUAUUGAGGAUACUUAUCCAUGUGUGUAAGUAACAUUAGUAGAUCUUCAGUGACUCUCUUAAAGCGGAGAUCAUGUUAGAGAAGCAUUAACUUGGUUGCCUGGCAUGCCAUUUCUAUUAUUUGUCAAUACCUUCCCUUACUUGGUCCCAGUUCUUUUCCUUAAAAAGAGGAGUGCAUGGAAUCAUGGGGUAUAGCACACCUUCCCAUCACCCUUUUCUUUCCAACUUGUGCGCUCCGGCCACGCGUCAUCGAAGACUAGAUACCAUGGAAACAAAGAGUUUUUAUUGUUUUGUUGAUCAUAGAAAUGACUACGUUAUGAUCACUGAUGCGAACAACGAGACGAUCGGUGAAUACUGUGGUAAUUACAAUGAUCAUCAGAUUAUUGUGGCUGGAAAUUACGUCAUGAUAACAUUCCAUUCAGACUACAGUUUUCAGCGGAGAUUUUUGCUAUCUUUCAGUUUUAUUCCAAUAGGUAUGUAUAAUAAACAUAGUCAGGCUAUGAACAUCUUUCUAUUUGAGAAGAAGAAAUAGGCGCAUAAGAGCAUUUUCAUUUUGGUUGCUCGUACGAAAGCGUGGAAUGAAAGUUAGCCUAGCUUGUGAUAAUACAAUCAAUAUAACAAUGGACAGAGUAGAAAAACAAAUAGAUUCUAUAUUGCCGUUCAUCUGUUCAGAAAUAGAUCACAGAUGACGUCAAAAUGUGCUGAGAACAAAAAAGUGGCACAUGAGGCGCAGCUGAGUGUGUCACUGAUGAAAACCCAUCAAAAUGCGAGAAUAAUUAAUCGAAAUCCCAACUAGUGCCGAGAAUGUUCCUAUGGGCUCUAAUACUUUUACUUGUUGUCUCUUCAGUUUUGCCAAAAGUUAUGUUACGAGUGUCUGUCAUACAAGCACUGCCCGGAUACAAGUGGUCUUGCCCUGUCAUUGGAACCGCUCCUGUGUACAUAGCCAUUAAAAUGAACUCCGCACUACUGAUAAAUACAACAAGGACUACAAAAAUAACGUUUCACCAAGACGCGAACUACUCCUGUAUCGCCUCAAGCAAGUAUGGUACAGAUGUUAGAAACUUUACCGUGGUUUUUAACGGUAAGGCUAUGUUUCAUAUCAACACAAGUAAGAAAUAAAUUAUGGAGCAAUUUUUUUUAAUAGUGUGGGAAUAGAUUCGAGAUUACUUAAGUUUUACUACUUUGCUCUGUAAUUGGUCCAGAAAAUUCGUGCCAUCCUUUCAACCAAUUUGAAGCAAAACUGAAAACAAUGGCGACUUUAUAAUGGCGACGAUGAUCUUAACCUUUGUUCUUAAAAGUCGCUAUGAUAAGUUUGGUUUUGGUUUUUCGACAUUCACUUGAUAUCAGUUUUAUUUGACCUACUCAUGAUAAGUUAUAAAUAGUUUCCCCCAGAUUAGGUAAAAGAAAAGUAAUUUAAGGUGCAUAGUAAAGCAUACCCUAACGAUUUUGUAUGACGGCAGAUAUAAAGUGUUCUAAAUAACUUGAUUCAGUAUUUUUGGCAAAAACAUUCGAUAAUUUUCUUUUUUGUCAUACCUUAAAUCGUUUCCGUCGAUUAGAUUACACUAGUUUAGUCAUACCUUGCUCUGUGAUAAAUGUUGGAAUAUCUCUCUUCCCUCUCAACCAAUCAGGUGCAAAGUUAAGCCAGUCACAACAUGAUCACACCGUUUCCCACGCUUCUGGACGCGCUCUAGGUCAAUAAGUUCAGUAUUGAACGAAUUGUUGUCCAAUCGAAAUUCCUACAUUUUACAUGCAUUCGUGAAUUAAUUUCAAUCGGGCUUUUUUUAAAAUUAUUCAUCAGAUUGCAAACCUCAGUGUAAUUAUGGAUGGAGGCACUUUUUCGGAAAUACUCUUCUCUGCAAGAACCUAUCGUCGCCAUUGGAUGUAAUUCAGUGUGCCCCUGGAAUAACUGAAAACAUGUAAGAACUAGGGAUUUGAAAAUGCAUUCUAAACAUAUCAGCAAUCCCUUGUAACACAGAGCAAUUUUCAAUUUAGCGACAUAAGUAGUUUUGAGACCUUCCAGCUAGACUCUUCUCUAUGAUUAAUCUAAAAAAAUUAUUGCCCUGCUUUCUUAACCAAUACGAUGAAAAACUAAAAUCAAGGCGGACCUCUCACACACUGUUUGUAUGUUUUAACAUUAGAUCUCGUUGGUUCCAUGCCUUAUUUUCCUUUCACUAUACCGAAUGAGAUGAAGGUUGACUUGCCUUUAUUCAAUUCACAGGAAUGUGUCCUUUAGCAAAUUAGCUAAUGUUUCGGAUGACAUGUUUUCUUAUCUAGAGUCUGUGCGGUUCCUGUAAGUCUUUAAUCAAUUUCAGUUCUUUACAAAUAAAAUACGUUCAAUUAUGUGUACAUAGCUUUUUUUAAUAGUUUUUUUUUCCAAUUUUUUCUCCAAGCCUCAUAAGUUAUUCUUUAGGCCUUAUGUGUUGGUUGGGGAUUAGCUCAUGAACACGAUGAUAACAAAAACGAUAAUGAUGACGACGAUGAUGAUGAUGACUAUGAUGAUUAUAAUAAUGAUAAUAAUGAUGAUGAUAUCAAUGAUCACAAGAAAUAUAAAGAUGAUGUUAUUGAAAAGGACACUGACAAUGAGGAGAACGAUGACGAUGACAAUAACGAUGACGAUGUAGGUGGUGAAAGUGAUCAAAAGCUGAACUAAAUUAGUAAAAAUGGUAAAAUGUUUGAAUCGUUUCACAGGUAUCUAUCUGCAAACGACAUGGAAAUCCUCCCGGAAAAACUUUUCUCCCAGAUGGUUCGCCUGGAAAAGCUGUGAGUGAAAAUAAAUUUCCUGUUAUAUAAAAGGAUACUUUUAUUUUUGGGGCCAUUUGCGUCAAUUAAGGAGAAAUUCUAACUCAUUAUCUGCGUUGAUUUUCAAACUUGCAGAGAUUUGUCAAUGAAUGGUUUUGAACAUCUUCCUGAUAGAGUGUUUGUUAACCUGACGAAACUGAGGACUCUGUGAGCAGAAUGUUGUUUCUUUUAUCUCAGUGAUUCUUACAAUAACACUCUUUUAUUUCACUUGUUUUAAACCAAAACUUGAUGGCUUGAUCGUAUGGCUAAUCGUCUUCAACGUCUCCUUCCAGAAACUUGAAGGCAAAUAAAAUUGCUUUUCUUCCACAAAAUGUGUUUUCUUCGCAGGAGAAACUACAAAUACUGUGAGUUGAACACAUUCUUGAUUUGCGCUUUACGGAAAAACUACCGUGGUAGAUUUUGAGACGAGUUAUUCGCAACACACGCUCGGAAUUUUAUUUAUUACACAGGGAUUUGUCUUCAAAUGCCAUUUCGGAUCUAUCGACAGAAUUGUUAUCUCCAUUAAAAAACCUGUUUGAGCUGUAAGUUAAAAUGCUAUUCGAUUUACUUUUGAUGUGUGUCAGUAUAGAUAUUAAACGUUCUUGUCGUUUGAUAUACAAUCCGUAAAAAUUCAGACCACAGUAGUUCUUUUGUUUCUUUUUUGUUUAGUAACUUGGCGUAUAAUAACAUUCAAAACAUAUCUGCGGAUACGUUUUCUCCUCUGGCAAGCUUGGAAUAUCUGUAAGUUCUGAACAAACUUUAAAUGGUAUUUUCAGAGUUUGCUCUUGCGCCUCCAAACUAGGGCCGUGCUUAAUAUAUAACAAUUAUUCACUGAAGUGGGGGUGAAUAGUGGCAGAUAUUUACCGACAUUGAGGUGAGUUAUUGUUUUAGUACGUACCACACAGAAACCAAAACAAUUAGUUUAUUUCUGUCGAUAUACCGAAAAAUGGUUGGAGAUCAAUUUGUUGACGUGCGAUGUUAUCUAUUCGGCUGCUUGAAGUUCGAGGUGAGUAGUAUUUGUUAGUCACUUCCUUACCAGCCAAUCAGCGCGCGCGACAAGCAAGAUUCACCUGUCUGGCAUAUACUAAAUAAUCUUACUUGUAGAAAUUGUCUCUGGCAGGUUUUUGACUUCCAACGCUAUUUUAUCUCUACCUGCCGACGUUUUGAGCAAACUGGACAAACUAUACUUUAUGUGAGUGCUAUGUAUGUUCUUUUUAUUAUGGUUGGCUGCUUUUCUUCUAUUUUGAUUGGCUGUUGCGAUUUUAUAGGGCUAUAACUUUUGAUUUGACAACUUUUGAUGGAGAUUUACCUCGAUACAAGGAAAACUGCUUCUGAGCCCAUCCCCGUUUUUGUUUGUAUAAGUAAAAUACAGAGAUUAGAAAAAUUUUGAUGUUCCUUUCCGUACAGAGGUUUAUCCAUAAAUGGCUUUGCCUUUCAAGCUGACGAAGUGUUAAUCUUACCACUGCAUCUAGAGCAACUGUGAGUGCAAAAACUUACAAAAUAGAGACGAGAAAAAUGAAUUAGAGUAAGUCUAAGGUUUUUAUGAAAAUGUAUCGGACAUAAAUAGCUUUGAAUCAAAUGUUGCAAUUGCCCCCAUUUUGUCGCAGAGACCUGCAAGCAAACGCCAUUACAUUUUUACCAGAAGGUGUCUUUCAUGGCCUUGAAUAUCUUGAAUGGCUGUAAGUUAAAAUUGCUCAUGGUAUUUCUUCAAAAAGUCCUAUUUGUUAUUAUAUUAUCUCAGUUUCGAUUUAUUUCUCUUGCUUUGCGUAUUAGGCUCAGUCCAAACGCCGAACAGCACAUGAGACGAACUACUUGAAAUUUUGGUCAACCCAAACGGGUAAAGUGCGAUUGUUGGGUUAAACGUCGAAUUUAAUUCGUGAAACCAAUAAGAUUCAGAGAUGCAAACACCGAAUCUUUCUGUCAGCGGGUUGCAAAUGAAGCAAUUGGUGGAUUCAUGAAAAGAUUGACGUUUUGUUCCACAGUCAAUUCUCACAUGUUCUAUCUGUCCGAAGAAGACCGAGAAAACGUGUAAGUGGAUCCAAAUUAAGUUGGAAGAACUCAACUGAUUCAAAUGUGGAACUUAACAUGAACUUAAUGCUCUCAGUUUAGUUCGUCUCAUGUAACUUCGUUUUUUGUCAAGUUCGACGUUUGGAUUGGGCCACACAUCGUAUUUUAAUUCGUGCAUCGAGCGUACUCGUUUAACGCUCAGAAUUUCGUCCGCGAUCAUGUUAGAAUUCGGCGUAGAUCAUACCAGAAUUCUGGCCGGAAUCGUGCCCGACUCCCGCUGGGAUUCUACCGAAAAUUCCCGCCAGUAUCGUUUCGAGAUAUUUAUGAGAGCACUCCGAUAAUCCCACCGAGAUCAUGUCCGGUACCAUUGGGAUCUUACUGAAAAUCCCACUGAGAAUGGACCGGGAUACUACGGAAUCAUUACCGACAAUGCCGACGAGAUGGUGCCGGGAUUCUGCUGGGAUCAUACCGAAUAUACCAAUGGAAUGGUGCCUGGAUUCCGCUGGGAUUAUAGCGAAAAUCCCGACGGGACGGUGCCGAGAUUCCGCUGGGAUCAUAGCGAAAAUCCCAAGGGGAUGGUGCCGGGAUUCCGCUGGGAUCAUACCGAAAAUACUGCUGGGAUACCACCAGUAUCAAUCCAAAAACUCAACGGGAUCGUGCUGGAUACCACUGGGAUCGUACCGGAAGUCCUCUCUGGGAUCCUGCACAGAAACGUCCGUUUGAACAACGCUCAAUAUCGAGUCGAACAGCUCACUUUCUAAACGUCGCAUCAUUGGUAAAAUUCUCUGAGUUUCUCUGAGUCGCCAUUAUCAUUCAACCAUCUACGUUUCCUUUAAGAUCAAUAACUUUGCUAAUAUAUUUCUUUUUUCGUGGGCAAACAAGACGGACCUUUCAAGUUACAUUCAGCAAUAAACGACUCACGUCAUCGCUUAUAGCUCUAAUUUUCCUUUUUAUCUUGAAUUUACAGAAGCCUUGCUAACAACAGCAUUCAAAACCUCUCCGUCAAUUUAUUUUCUAGUCUUCGUUAUUUAACAAAUCUGUAAGUCUGAAAAGCAAAAGGUAAAUGAAGAAGAGCUAAGCGUUUUGGUUUCAUCCUUUUCUCUUACCAGUGCAUGAUUAAAUUGCAUAAGAAUAUUUAAAUUGUGGAGACAUUCACUUAUAACAACAUGAGCUGUUGAAAAGUCCACGAAAAAUAGAAGUCUUACCGUUUUUGGUGAUUGUUGGAAAUAAGACUAGAUUAACGAUUAACAUCAUAAAAUCUGAUUAUUUCCCUAAGGGUUGAUGAGAGUUUUUUUUUCAGGUUGAUGGCCUCAAACGAUAUUUAUCACUUACCUGCUAAGUUAUUCCGUCGUACUGGAAGAUUAAUUUUACUGUGCGUUUGAUCAAUUUGUAAACUGAACCCUUAGAUUUGAAGAUAAUUUUAUGUUUAUCAUAUGAUCAACCACCCUCAGCUAACUAUACGAUAUAAGGGGCACCACCUUCUCCCGUACCUUCUCCCGUACAUUCUCCCGUACCGUUUGCGCUCAACAGCCGCCAUUAACAAGAUCGCUCUAAAGAGUAUUCAUAGCAACCUUGCUUGGUGAUGAGCCGUGACUUGGCUGAAUUCAAGGAAUCUUGGAAAUCAACGGUAGCUUUUAAGAUAAAAUAUGGUCACUCUGAUGAAUAAUUUGCUGGAAUUGCCACCAAGAUGGCCCAAGGAUAUUUUUGGGAUAAUCUUCGUCAUGUUUCCGGGUAAUUCGUGUAUAAUUACUAAAAUAAUUCAGGCUAGAUCCCCGCCUGAUCUCGACGGAAAACCCAGAAAGACAUAAGACCAAAUAAUUUAGUUUUAUGAACUGAGUCGAUGAUGUAAAUUGGCAGCCACACAGAGUUUCCACAGCUGACGUUUUGAGCGUCCGCCCUUCUCCAGAACGGAACGUCAGCUUAAGAAAUACUCUACGAUGAACAAUUUACAUUGUCAACUCAGCUGAUACGACCAAAUGAUCUUACAUAUAAUGUCCUUUAGCGAUACAGCAUUACAUUUUCUUCAGAAACUUACCGCCCUUCCGACAUACGAUGAAGCCAAACACAGCUUUGUUCUCUACUCUGCAAACAGCAACAUUAAUUAUUUCAUCUUUUGUAGAGAUCUCUCUUCCAAUAAAAUUGCGGAAAUACCAAGGGAUUUGUUUUGUUGCACGGCUGAAUUAGAGACUUUGUAAGUACUUCUGCUGACUGAUUUCUUUAGUGGCGGCCUCCUUAAAAUGCAGCCAUAUCAUUCAAUUCUUGUCUGCUCAUCUGCUUAUUUGCAGGUACCUCACGUCAAAUAAUAUCGCCAAACUAAACUCGGAUGUGUUUGCCAGCCUUCCAAACUUAAGGCAUUUGUGAGUUUAGUAAAGAGAUAUUUUUGUUAAUCCAAGAAAGGGACAGGGGGUGGGGAGAGAGGGUCUAACCAAUGAUUCAGAGGUGUGGGGGCAGGUUUUCCAUUAUAGGGUGGUGUAAGCGUCCUACUAAGGCAUUUCGCUGGAAUUUAUGUGGUUGGGGGGGAGGGGGUGGUUGGAAAUUUUUUUUUUAUCUGUCUUAUAUAUUAGUAAUUUUUCUUGACAGAGAAGGAGUCGCAUCCUAACCUCUCCCUCCCCCACCUUGUGCCAUUUCCAUUAGCUCCCUUAUGAAAAUGUCCAGAUUGUGGAUCCUUCUUCAAACACGUAGUUGCCAUUUACAGAGUUUCUCUACCAAUCACAAUGCACGAUUUAUUCAUUAAAUCACGCUUACAGUCCGAUUAAACAAUGGGUAUCGAUUGGUCAGGUGUAUCAUUUCUCUCUCCAUCUGAUAUGCCAUAUGAUAUCCUGUAAAGGCAUUCAGCGCUACCGAGAUGGCGGAGUAGGAAAACUGCAAAACGUUUUCCCGUUAGCUAGAGCGUAUUGUUGAUAAUUCGACAUUUUUGUUUUCUAGAGAUUUGUCUUACAACAAGAUACGGAACUUACCAGAAAACUUGUUGUGUUGCACGACCUCGGCAUUCGAAUAUUUGUAAGUAACGCACCGUAAUGAGUUAUUUUGUAAUUUAAGCGAUGUACAUGUUACGUGUCUUCCUCUUAUCCGAUCCUAUUAGCUAUCGACAAAAAUUAAUCACGCGAUGGCGUAAUGGUUAGCACGCUAGACUCCGGGUCAAGAGGUCUGAGUUCGAGACCUGGCCAGGUCAUUGUGUUGUGUUCUUGGGCAAAAUACUUUACUCUCACAGCGCCUCUUUCCACCCAGGAGUGUAAAUGGGUGGUGGCGAAUUGUCAGGGAAGCCUUAUGAAAUGUUGGGGGGGGGGGUACCCUUGCGAUGAAUUGGCAUUUCAUACAAGGAAGAGUAGCUCCAUCUCGGGGAGGGGGGGGAGGGGGGGGAGGAGGACGGGCAAUUGGCUCGAAUUUAUUCUUUAGCUUCUAAGGCGGAUUUACUGAAUGAAAAGACCACCAUUAUUGUAUAAGACAUGCUUUCAUCGCGUGUGUCAAUCGUUGAAAGUUGCAUACAAUUUUUCAUUACUGGUCCGCCUUACGGACAUAAAAAACAUCACAGAUGAUGCUCGUAGACAAACAUUUCCUGGCAACUUUAACAUUCUAAAAACUUUCCACAACGCUUUAAAACAGCUUAAGGUUUUAAUUUUGAUCCAUUUCGUUAGGCCCGUAAUUUUAUUGCAAGUGGCAACUUCUUCCAUGCAAAAUUACCUAAUUUUUUGUUCAUUCAACUUCUCAGUUCCUUGCAGGAUAACUCGUUAAGCUAUCUAUCUAACGAGACUUUCGCCAAAUCUACUUGGCUCCAAUACGUGUAUGUAUCAAAACAGUCUUUUUCUAUAUAUAUCUUUUUACCUUAUCUCGGUGCAUACCCCCAUAUUUGAUUAGAAUGACUGCAGAAAGACAGAGUGUUCAAGAGAAGUUAUUUUAAAUCCUAUAUAUGCCUUUUCCUUAUCCCUUAAUGCCGUAAAGAAAUGUUUUUAAAUGGAUUCUUUCCCUCAUGGUAUUAUGGUUCAUAUCGUCUUCUUUUCACUGAAGAUUCUUGAGCGCAAACAACUUGACGACUAUACCAUAUCGAGCUUUCUACAAUCUAAUAAAUGCAGAGAUAAUGUAAGUACGGUAGCUUAAUGAAUAAUUUAGGAGUAGAUAAGAUCCCUCAAUGAUCUUAAAGUCUGAGGAGCAAAAAUCGUUGACUGGCCAUGUUGAUAUGGUGAAGUAGGAAUAUCCUGUAAUCCUUUGUCUAGUUGUGUUGAGCGCUCAAGUAUAAAAUGCUUUACUCCCUUAUGAGUUUUCAGUUCAGUAUAUCUUUGUCAUCGUAGAAUUCUGUCAGACAACCCUAUAAUGAUUAUCGAACGAGAAGCAUUUAAAACUGGAUUUUUUGAUCAUUUCUUCCUAAGAAUGUGAGUACUCCUAGUUACAAAAGUAAAUAUCGUCUUUCUUGUACCAAGUCCAAUGUUGUUUUGAUGCAUUUCUUUACAUGCGUUAAAUGUUUCAAGGAGGUGGCUACAAUAUUACAACCAUGAAAUAAUAAUAAUAAUAAUAAUAAACAUCUUAGUCUCUUGAACAUACUUAAGGAUAUAUGUUAUGCUGAUGAUGCAAAAUGUCUCAAAUGUUUUUUUCCCCUAGGUUGUUGUGGUUUCAUUUGAAACGUCUUGAAAUUUGUCUCACAUUAAAUUUAUAUUCCAUUUAUUCUACACAGAUAUUUGCUGCGGACGAAGUUAAAGAUGUUGAGCUUAGAGUAUCUCUCUGGAUUAAGUCAAGCGUCUGCUAAAAUGUGAUGUAUCCACCUUUCGAAAUGUUUACCCCUUUUUGAGUAAAAGGCUGUCUCAAAAGCUGAAGAAAACGUUACCUUUCGUCCUUAUCAGUUUUACUUUGAUAUAUUGAUCAUGUUAUGUUUUUACCAUAUCAGAAAAUUAUAUGGUACAAAAAGUUUUUGUUAUUAAUGAUGUAUUAUUGUUUGCUUCACGAAAUGGUCAUUUCCGAUGUGGAUCGCAACACUUUCAUAGUCUCCAGACUGAGAAAAAGUUACCGUGCAUCUAAUGGACAGACAAAAAAAUAAUGAUUAGUAUAGAGCCCCAUGAUAGAAGGUGAAUACAAAAUGUUGACUUGAAAAAAAAUAUUUCUUUUUCAUCCUACUCGGCGUUUAGAGUGAUAAACGAUAGAACGCUUGCAACCGUGCACUAUUCGUCUCGCCAUAAUAGAAAAGCUCUCUGUUCAGUUUACCUGUAAGUUCAUAUGCUGGUGCUGAAAUAUAACAGAUACGCAGUCGAUAGGCAAACAAGACGUCUUCAUUACUUUACUAAAUAUCUUUUACUCGCACAGACACACAGAAAUAGAUAAAUAUCGUUUUUUAGAAUUUAAUCAACGAUACUGAAAAUAUAUGCAACACUAAGUACAAGUCACGUUUGCUUUCAGGAACUAGAAACACAAGAUUUUACUUGCUAUUUGAAUGUCAUAUACUUAUUAUUAAUACUUUUUCUUCACUUUCUUUAACGUUAACAUAUAAGGCCACUAACCUCUUCUGCUGCUUUUACUACCACUCGCGUAUUUCUCUUUAAAAAUCGUGGAAUGAUCAAACAAAAAACUAAACUGAAAUUCUGGGAAUCCAGUUGAUUCCCUUCCGCUGCUUUUACUGCCACUCGCGUAUUUCUCUUUAAAAAGCGUGGAAUGAUCAAACUAAAAACUGAACUGAAAUUCUAGGAAUCCAGUUGAUUCUGAAGGAGAAGGCAUCAUGGUCGACAAUAUCGCAAUAACUGUACAAAGGGCUUUUGGUGCUGCUUUGAAAGCGUCAGGAUUUGGGCGUAUUCACGUUAAUACCACGAACCGGAACAUUCAUUUUCCUUGUCCAUUAGGGACAUUUUCAAAUUCUUCAACUAAAGGAGAACAAGGCUGCACUCAGUGCACCCCAGGUAAAAUCUGUGUACUACUUGUUCAUCAGCGUAUUAGCCCCAUGAUUGUUAAGUAUUGUCCUGGACGGUAUUGAGCCGAAAGGAGUGAAAGGGAAAUUGUUCCUCGUGAUUCCACAUCGUUUUCACUUUUUGACAGUUGAACUAGCCAAUUUUCUCAAUUAAGUGUAUGACACGAACAAAGGCUGGCAUUGAAAGCUAUGAAAUGUCACAAGGGAUUUCACGAAGAAACUGCAAAUUAGAAUGUACAUUAAAGUUAUCAACCCCGUGAAACCAUAUUAUGAGGAUAAUAAAAGCAUUUAGUCAACAGAUACUGAUGCAGUAUUGCUCCAGUAAUCCUUCCUACUUUAUUUAUGGCAGUAGCCUUAUGUUUUGACUGAGAACGAAGAUUGCAAAUAACAAUCUGGAAAGCAUACAAACUCAAAACCAUGACACUACAAAUUAUUUUCAUGUCGUCGAUCGUUAAAAAAAGAUUUUCUGUCUCAUUUUUCCCACAGGUGGUUUUUAUUCAGAUGUUCUCGCCCACGUUGGGAUAAAUUGCAAGAAAUGUCCAACUGGUUCCUAUGUUCCCUUUGAUAAAGCUCCCGGAAAGCAAAAACAAGAUUGCAAAUCUUGCCCAGAAGGUAAAAGGUCUUAGGCCCUGUAAUACAAAGAUUCUCUUUUCUUUUAUAAGCUUCCGUCCGCAAUCAGCGACCAGUCGAAUAAAUAUCUUCAACAAGUUGCAACUUAUUUGGUAAGUUGUGCAGGGCAGAUGUACGUUCUGCAGACUGCCGACAAUGUGCUUGUGAACAAAGCGUGCAGUUGUCAGUGAUACAGUGUUGCUGCUCAUGACUGCGUUAUAAAUUGCGCACUCGUGAUAGCAUAUCUUCAUCGUCAUGUAGAAAUGGUCUUUCCAACGAAAAGAAAGGUUUGUCGCUCGGGAUUAUGAAAUAAUACUAACAGUGAAGUUCGAUUUUCGAAGAGAUGAUAAAAAACUCAAGUGGUCUUUUCUUGUUCCUUAGGAACUGAAACUGACUUUUUUGCUGGUUAUCGGGCUUGUAAAUGUUUGGGGGGAUUCUACAGAACUCACAUGUUCGAAAAGUGCUUCAAAUGUGGACAUGGACUGGAAUGUCAAAAUGAUUACGCUUCUCUAAAACCUGGUUAUUGGUGGGAUUGGCAGAAUGAUUCACACAUUGAUCGCUACAAAGAAUUCAUAAAAAACCUCCAGCUAUCUCGCCCAGCAUUAGAUAAUUCUAGUGUCCAAAUUCCCUAUCCGCUACCGACACCUUUCAAGUGUCCAGUCGAAGGGUCAUGCAUGGGUGGGUUAAACUCUCAGUGUAAGAAGGGUUAUGAGGGUCCUCUCUGCGCUGUCUGCAGUCCAGGAUACUAUAAACAGCUACAAAUUUGCAAGAAGUGCCCUACAAAGAGGCUGAUGAUUGCACAGUUAACAAUCAUUGGUGCAAUUUUAUUGAUAAUCGCUUCAAUCGUGGUAUGGACGAGUAGGAGAAAGAAGAAGAAGAUUCAAGAAAGUUCCCCGAUGGACAUCUUUCUGUCCAAACUUAAGAUUGUUAUUGGGUUCUAUCAGGUCACCUACGGCCUAUUGGAAGCAUUCUCGUACAUAAAAUGGCCAGGUUCUCUGCAAGUUAUUGGCAAGUAUUCUGAAAUACUUCAGAUGAAUGUCCUUCAGGUUGCACCCAUUGACUGCCUGUACCCAGGCUUGUCCGUCGAUGCGUUCGGAAACUUGUACGCAACGAUGGCAAUAAAUGCAGCUCUCAUUUGCGUGUCUGGUGCUAUCUACGUCUUUCGGAGAGUGGUCAUCUACAGGAAUCCUCUUUUGGAAGAAAAUGAAAAGGCAUCUAAACUGUCCGAGGCAAAAAAGGCUAUUUACAGGAAUUUGUUUUUCUUGCUCUACGUUACAUACCUAAGCACUUGUACCAAAACAGCUAAUGUCAUGCCACUGACUUGCCGCGAAAUUUGCCGAGAUGAAAAAGAAACGGGAUGCGACAGUUUCCUGAAAGGUGAUUACAGCAUUCAGUGUCACGUUCCAAAAUAUGACAAAAUGCUAAUUGUGGCCUACAUCUCUACUGCUUACGUCUUUGUCCUUCCUGUUGCUUCGUUUCUCGUCCUUUGGAGGCAUAAACGGAAAAUCAUACAAACAGAGGGUGACGAGGAGGAAAACUCUGGCAUGGAAAUUAUCACAGGACUGCGCUUCCUUUUCGAAAACUAUAACCCUCGCACGUGGUUUUGGGAACUUAUUGAGAUGUCUCGGAAGGUAAUCCUGACUUCCGGUCUGAUACUUGUGGGGCAAGAAAGCAGGUCUUACGUUGGCUUAGCAUGGGUCAUGGCUGGGAUGUAUGGAAUGCUAUUUUCGUGGAACAGACCCAUACAAGACAAGACCGAGAACAGAAUGAUGGCGACGUCUCUCGCAGUUACUGUUGUCAACUUAGGAAUAGGGGCAGUGAGCAGGAUUCCAGCAGAAAAUUUGCCGCCAGGCUCCACUGAUGCUUACGUGGAGGAUGUUUUGUUCAAGAUCUUGGUGCUGGGAGCAAACACUUUAGUGAUUGGACAAGUUGCUGGUAAGAUAGGAUCGUAGCUAUUCUAAGUCAAUAUGACUUGAAGUGGCAAAACUCAUCUUUUUUGAGCUUAUGUCGUUACUUUAUGGAAGAGAUUCCUCUAUUGUUGCUGGGCUGAACACAUUUAGUUGAAAAGCGAAACAAUAGUUUUCUGAAUCUAAAAUCAUUCCCAUACAUCUUAAUUUUUAGUUCAGUAUGUACUGCAUUUGUACGGAUACUUCAAGGAAUGGCAAAAAAAUCCACAGUGGUCCCUCUCCUGCUUCCUGGCCCUGCUCCUCCCCCUCAGUGGCCUGCAGGCGGAAGUGACCGGUAUGGUUGAGACGAAUGUCCUUGAUAAUCAGCUGCAAACAGGGCAAGAGGAGAUGCCCACUCUUGUUAGUGCGGUAAAGGACAGUGGUGUCGUUGAUGUUACACUCGAGGAAGGUGAACAGCAGCAAGAAACCAUGUCCAGGGAAGGUGAAGAAAUUGGUAAACAGGAGAUCGCUAAGGUGUUUUGCGAUCGAGGUAGCCAGACGAGGCUGCGUUCACAAUCUAUCUUGAGGGACGCAGGGAAUUGGAAUUCACAUUUCUAA